UGGCAUUAGGACCUGGAGGAAGCCUCAGGCUCCUGCUGUAAAUAUAGCAGCACUCAGUGGAAUCAGACUGACCUCUGCAUUGCCUUCCUCAUGCCAGCUAGAAACGGACAGCUUAUAGUGUUAGUGUUAGGGUGUCCAGACGUAGAGCUGAGGGUGCUUUGUGUGUGUGUGAGUGAUGUGUGUGAGUUAAACCGGCUGUAGUGUCUCUGCUGCUCUCCAAACUCUUCUCGAUGCUUCAGAUGUGUCCGGUUACAGACGCGCUGCUGAUCAGCAACGCUCGCUCAGCCUGCAACGACCAGCUCGUCCAGCAGGAGGCAGUAACGCUCUGCAUCAACGUGUCCAAACAGCAGCCUUUCCCCUCCACCAGAGUCAGCACUUUCCGCGUGCCCGUCUACGAUGACCCCAACGAGGACCUCUAUAAGUACUUUGACCGCUGUGCUGACGCCAUCCACGCCGAAGCGGGCCGAGGCGGCCGGACAGUCGUCUACUGCAAGAACGGUCGCAGCCGCUCAGCCACAAUCUGUGUGGCCUUCCUGAUGAAGCACCAGGGCCUCACCUUAACAGAGGCGUUCCAGGUUGUGAAAAGUGCCCGGUCAGUGGUGGAGCCCAACCCAGGCUUUUGGGCUCAGCUGGAGCGAUACGAGCAGGAGCUGCAGGUCAGGAGAACACAACAGACACACAAACGUCUGCAGUUUUCUCUACAACGACUUUUUUCACACAGAGGUCAUACAUCCUAAUAAAAAAGUAUUUUAUUGUUUAUUUCAUCCUUGUCCCAUUAACCACAAGGUACUUCAAGUGGUCUUAAAUCAUGGUGCUGUUCAGUUCUCAAGGAAUCUCUACAGUACUUGUCCAUGCUCAGGAACUUACUUUAUCCUUAGAAGUCAGUGAUUGCUGUUGUUGUUCACUUGUAGCUCAUAGAAACUAAUAGACAUUGUAUGGGAAGUGCAGACUGUAAACGUUCAGUCCAUAGCACAGUUGUAUUUGUUGGUAGGAGUGGAAAUAUGAUUUAAAUUGAAUGAAAAGUUACUGUUGUGUGUGCAGUUUCAUGUUGAACACAGAAAACUCAUCUAUUUUUGUUGACCCUGAAUCAAACUGAAAGAUGUAAUUUGGAAUGAAACCCGUUGAUGCAGAUCAGAAGCUGAAUGUCAAAGCACUAAUAAAAGAUGCACUAUGUAAGCUUUGGGGAUUUGGA